AUGGUCACUUUUUACAGAUCUGUGGUGAUUUUUCUCUUUGCCGCUUUUUCUCUUUUCGAGGCGACUCUGCCCGUUUGCAAGACUUGCCCAGUUGGCGGGAUUUGGUCGGGUUGGACAGACUAUACGACUUGCACAAAAACGUGCGGAUUCUUCGGGAAAAAGGCCCAAACGAGGACGUGUCAAUCGUUUGGCAGGGGCUGUCCAUGCAAGGGCAACUAUUCGCGAAUCGUUCCAUGCACGGCAAAUUCUUGUCCAACGGCUCCAUUCUGCGCUGCAGGACAUGCUAGGUAUCUCAACACGGCUACAAAUAAAUAUCUCUGUAAGGCGAUCGCCAGAGCCGACGACUAUAAAGCUCCGAAUUGCAAUUUGAACAAGGUUUUGCAUGCCUGCCCUUGUCCAUAUGGAGGAAUCUGGUCGAAUUGGUUCACGGAGACGAGUUGUCCGUUCAAUGGCGCCUGGCCGUGUGGUCUUUGUCAAAAGCACACGCAAUAUCGAGUUUGUCGAUCGGCUCAAGCCGGAUGCCCUUGCGUUGGCCCAACGAAUCGAACGGCCUUGUGCUCGGCUGAUUUUUGUACAGGAAAUGGAGGCCAUGCCCCAUGCUGCCCUGGUUAUUCAUCGGUGAGGACGAUCAUCAACAACAUCACGAGCAAUCCCCACUGUGGUCCCACGUUGCCCGACGAUCCGGUCAUCAAAUUGCCCGCUUGUAUGCCGACGACCACGACCACCACCACAACGACAACAACUCCGAUGUGCACAAGUGGCUGUCCAGAGAACUUCAUCGAACGCGUUUACACUGUCGACAACAGCACCUUCAAUGUCACAUAUUCAACCGAUGAGAAUGGCUGUCAGAUUGCCAACUAUGUCUGCUCUCCGCUGCCAAAUAGUACCUAUGCUUGGUUUGGUGUGGUUGCACAGGGAGAUUCGGACUAUAUGAACAAUGUCAAUUACGACUAUUUGGAUGAUGAAAAUGUGCCGGGACCGGUCACAUCAACAGCCGACAAAUAUUUCCAUUGUGCUGUUGGACCCUCGGGGCCGAAAUGGCAAUUUGUGGGAAAAGACUUUAUCUGGGUCUAUUGCAAUCCACCGAUGGGUCCCGUGGCCGGA